AUGAUUAUCAUCCCAGAAAAUGAGGAGCUCAUCGACCAGCCGUUCAAGUCGGAGGCCGAUUUAGAGGCCGAGGCUCAACUUGCUCAAUUAGAGGACCUGCGGGGAAAGGCAAAUGCACUCUUGUUUGAUCAAAUGCAACUCAAACUGGAGACCGCUCCAUAUGAUGCUAGAUUUCCACACCAGAAUCAAACCAAACAUUGCUGGCAAAAUUACGUAGAUUAUCAAAAGUGCAUUCGCGCUAAGGGCGACCAUUACAAGCCUUGUGAACAUUUCAGAUGGAUCUAUAAAAUCAUGUGUCCGCCUCUCUGGGUAGGGACGCUCAUGGUUUUCUGA